UCGACUCAUCCGCGCCCACGGUUCAACCCACCACCCGCACAUCAGCUGUGUUUUGUCUGAUUUCUCCGCAUAAUCGUCCUGUGUGUCUUCACUGCUCCAAUAUCUCAAUUUUACAUCACCGUUAUCAGUGAAAAAAGGUGUUAUCUCAUUCAAUUUUGCAAAUGUGCGGCUUAACUAUGGGUGCUAAGCGUAACGAAGAAUUUCGCAGUGCAGUAUGAAGUGAAACAACGAAGAGAAACGAAUCGGGUAUAGGGACUUAUGUAAGGAAGGAUAAUUUCGCGUGAGAUGUGCUGUACAGUAGUGCUUAUAACUAAAGUAUAAGAUUCUGCGAAAAAUAAAUAGCAAUCCGAACAAUCUGAGAAGCUCAUAUCAGUGACGCCGUGAAUGUCUUAAACUCGAGAGAUUACUAGAGCAAUCACUCACAGAAGAAAUUGCGACGUUUUGCGGGAUCCAGCGCUAAGGGCAAAAUGCGCUUUACAACUGCGGCGGUAUCUUUGAUUGUUUUUAUCGUAAUCUUCUCAAUAUUUGUGGCGAAUGUGGCCAAUCUGGUGGGAAUCGAUAGUAAGCUCAGCAAGCGGCUAAAUGCUGCCUACAUCAAAGGGCAAGAACGGUGGAAUGUGGGUGAUAGGCAGCUGAAGCUGGACGAUGAUCCGCGGCAAAUGAUGUGGUUUCUGCAGAUCUCGGACAUCCACAUAAGUCUUUACAAGGACCCUAGCCGAGUGCCGCACUUGUUUGAUUUUUGCAAUCGAACAGUGGACAUUAUCCGGCCUUCGGUGGUGUUGGCCUCCGGGGAUCUAACGGAUGCUAAAACAGCCAAUUUCCUCGGUUCGAAGCAGCACGAGCAGGAAUGGCGAUGGUACAGGGAUGUUCUUAAGGAUACGAACGUUUUGAACAAUCAUGACAACUUCAAUGUUCCUGCGCUACAAACCAAGCAGGACUUUUUCACAAAUUAUUCCGCCCAGGGAAAGAACCAUCCACGGUCGUAUUUGCACCAGGUGACCAAGGAUGGCGAACGGUACAGCUUUAUCGCGGUGGACGCCUGUUUGGAUCCGGGUCCGAAACGGCCAUUUAAUUUCGUAGGGAUGCUGUCCAUGAACGAAACUCAACAUAUUAUCGGGCUGGCAGAGAAAUCCAGAGCAAUGGAAACGAACUACACGAUCUGGUUCGGUCAUUAUCCGACGUCGUGUAUCCUGACGCCAGGACUAGGGACCAGCGGAAUUCGCAAUCUCAUUGGAAAAUACCAGGAAGGAUAUGCCUAUCUGUGUGGCCACUUCCAUAAGCUAGGAGGAGCGGUCCCCCAGAUGUACACUAUGCAGAACGAAGGAUUUCUGGAGUUGGAACUGGGUGACUGGAUGAAGAACCGUAUGUACCGCUUAGCGGCCUUCGACCAUGGCCAGUUCUCAUUCGUCGACCUUCAGCACAACAGUUGGCCUGCGGUUCUGGUAACAAAUCCCAAGAAUGUGCUCUUUAACAUACCGGGCAAGGAAGAUUCCCGACUGCAGAUGGAAUCAACGCACAUUCGUGUGUUGGCCUUUUCUUCGGCGAAAAUCAGCGAAUGCCAGGUUAAGCUCAACCAUGAGGAAUGGGUCGAUUGCACUCGGGUCAGCAGGGAGCUUUUCGUGGUACCAUGGUCACCGGAGCGGUAUGAACGAAAAUUGCACAAGCUGUCGGUCUUCAUUCGGGAUGAAGAAGGACGAUACCGGGUGGUGGAACAGGAGUUCACUUUGGAUGGAUCGAGGCGGCAGUUUAGCACACUGGCGCGCUUUGUGCUGAUGUACGAUACGAACAAAAUUUUCCAAGUGUUUUACAGUUUGGCGUUGAUCACCUGUCUGGUUCCGUUGUGCGUUUUCCGAAUUUGGCAUAUGUUGGUGCGAAGUGGAACCGUCGCUCGACCCCGCAUUCGUAGCUACUGCUGUCGCGGCUGGAUCCGCAAGAUGUGGAUUCUCUCGACCGUCGAUCGGUUGGUGUUCCCGUUGAUAGGCUACUGUCUGUUCGUGACCUGCGGGCCGUGGUCGUUUGGCGAAGUCAUCGAUGGCCACAUUGGGGUCGUCUUCGUUUGGGGCAUAUUCGUUAACGGGACAUUCCUUCCGGGCACGUUGACCUACUUUUAUGGAUUCUUCCAGUUGAUGUUCUGUCAGUUUCCGUUGAUAAUCAUUUACGCAAAUAAUGCGCACAGAAGGUUAUACCGCGGACCGGCCAGCACGGAAAAGAAGCUUGGCUUCCUGGCCGCCACCUGGCAGAACCUGCCCUUCCUGUUGAUUAUGCUCGUGGAACUGCUGCUGGCGCUUAUCUUCUGGAACGCCUACGGAACGCUGGCCUUCAUCAUUACGCCCCUGCGCACGUGGUCCAUCGUCCUGAACCUGAUUCUAUGGUACCAGUCGAAAAACCUACCGGAACGGUGUCUUCGCUCGGCGGCUGCCCUGUGGUCUGCGGCAUCGCCCGAGUCCAAAACAUCUCAACUUUCGCAAUAGGGCCUUGCCAGUUAAGUUUUUGUAUUCUACAAAUGAAUGGAACAACAUUUUCUGUAGGGAUUGACUUGUAUUCACUGUAGCAGCACCUUUCGUAUACAAGUAGCGAUGCCAGGGUAAAUCAAACAACAAGUUUAGUAACGUUAACAAUUGUAACUUUAAUGUUUUUCGUGUGGUUCGAAGUAAAAGACCAUUGACUGAAUCGUGUAGAAAUGAGUAAUUUAUUUUAUUAGAAUCGUCUUUUUCUUUUCCUAGAAACCCAUAUUAUUUUUAGUUAUAGCGAAAGAGAGCACGUUUCAAUAUUUACAGACAAAAAAGUUUAUUUAUUUCAAGUACAUUUAUAUAUAGAUUUCUACCAAAUGAAUAGUAGUAGCGUUAUAAUAAUUAAAAUGGCAUCUAUGCAAUUUAUCACGUAACACCACCGAAAAUUUGGAGAGAGCACACUCCAAUCCACAAAUGAUAUUCUCUUAAGGCUAUUAAUUAUUACCGGUAUUGACUGUUAUGCAUAAAUUCAAUAUGUGUGUAUUUAAUGUGAUAAUAAAGGUUAACAAAUUAAAAUGC